GUGUGUGUGUGUGUGUCUCCCUGUGUGUCUGUCUGUGUCUCUCUGGGUUGAGAGUCUGUGAUGGGUGACACCGAGAGAUUCUGUUAUGUUUACAGCUGUGACCUGGACAUCAACGUCCAGCUCAAGAUAGGAAGCUUGGAAGGAAAACGAGAGCAGAAAAGCUACAAAGCUCUUCUAGAGGAUCCAUUGCUUAAAUUUUCUGGCCUGUAUCAGGAAACAUGCUCUGAUCUUUACGUAACUUGCCAGGUCUUUGCGGAAGGGAAACCCUUAGCUCUUCCAGUUCGGACUUCUUACAAAGCAUUCAGUACAAGAUGGAACUGGAAUGAAUGGCUAAAAUUGCCUGUGAAAUAUCCGGAUUUACCACGGAACGCUCAGGUUGCUCUCACCAUCUGGGAUGUUUAUGGACCUGGAAAAGCUGUGCCAAUUGGAGGAACUACAGUCUCACUUUUUGGAAAAUAUGGCAUGUUCCGGCAGGGUAUGCAUGACUUGAAAGUAUGGCCAAAUGUUGAGGCAGAUGGUUUUGAGCCGACUAAAACGGCGGGCAGGACCAGCAGCAAUGCAGCAGAAGAUCAGAUGAGCCGUCUAGCAAAGGCUCCAGACAAGAGACAGUUGGAAAAGCUCACCAAAGCACAUCGCCAGGGUCACAUGGUGAAGGUAGAUUGGCUGGACCGGCUUACGUUUAGGGAAAUCGAGAUGAUAAAUGAGAGUGAAAAGAGAAGCUCUAAUUUCAUGUACCUCAUGGUUGAAUUUCCACGUGUCAAGUGUGAAGAUAAAGAAUACGGUAUCGUUUAUUAUGAAAAGGAUGGUGAUGAGUCAUCCCCAAAUCUAGCCAGCUCCGAGAUUGUCAAAGUGCCAGAUCCUCAAAUGUCCAUGGAGAAUUUAGUAGAAAGUAAGCAUCAUAAACUUGCUCGAAGUUUACGAAGCGGGCCAUCUGAUCAUGACCUAAAGCCGAAUGCUGCUACCCGUGACCAGCUUAACAUUAUUUUGAGUUAUCCUCCCACUAAAUUGCUGUCCUCUGAAGAACAAGACCUUGUCUGGAAAUUUAGAUACUAUCUCACAAACCAAGAAAAGGCAUUGACUAAAUUCUUGAAGUGUGUAAACUGGGACUUGGCCCAAGAGGCUAAACAAGCCUUGGAACUGCUGGGCAAGUGGAAGCCAAUGGAUGUGGAGGAUGGACUUGAAUUACUUUCCUCACAGUUUACUAAUCCAACCGUACGACGCUAUGCGGUUGCCAGGUUGAAGCAAGCUGAUGAUGAGGAUUUGCUCAUGUACCUGCUACAGCUUGUGCAGGCUCUGAAGUACGAAAACUUCAAUGACAUAAAAGUUGGAUUAGAGCCCAGUAGAAAAGAAAACAGUCAAAUGGCAAUGUCUGAAAGCAUGUCUGGCUCAACAGCAAGUGCUUCUGAAAUGGAGAGCUCACAAAUAAUCAGUCAACCGCCUCCGGUAUCUUCUCCACCUCCAUCUGUAUCAAAAGCAAAAGAAAUGUCAGAUGGGGAAAACCUAGAGGUAAAGCAAGACCUUUGUACAUUCCUAAUAUCAAGAGCAUGUAGGAAUUCUACAUUGGCUAAUUAUUUGUACUGGUAUGUUAUUGUAGAAUGCGAAGAUCAAGAUACUCAACAACGUGACCCAAAAACCCAUGAGAUGUAUUUGAAUGUGAUGAGGCGGUUCAGUCAAGCCUUGCUAAAGGGAGAUAAGAAUGUGAGAGUGAUGCGCUCACUACUGGCUGCUCAGCAAACCUUUGUAGAUCGACUGGUUCACUUAAUGAAAGCAGUUCAGCGUGAAAGUGGUAAUCGAAAGAAAAAGAUCGAAAGGCUUCAAACUUUGCUGGCAGACAAUGAAAAAGUCAACUUAUCAGAGAUUGAACCAAUACCCUUACCUUUGGAACCACCGGUUAAAAUCAGAGGCAUCAUUCCAGAAAAAGCAACAUUAUUUAAGAGUGCCCUAAUGCCAGCAAAGCUAAUAUUUAAGACUGAAGAUGGAGGUAAAUAUCCUGUUAUAUUCAAGCACGGUGAUGAUCUUCGUCAGGAUCAGUUGAUCCUCCAAAUCAUCUCGCUUAUGGAUAAGCUUUUGCGGAAAGAAAAUCUUGAUUUGAAAUUGACGCCUUACAAAGUAUUGGCCACUAGUACCAAGCAUGGCUUCAUGCAGUUUAUCCAGUCAGUGCCAGUUGCUGAAGUACUUGCUACAGAAGGAAGUAUACAGAACUUUUUCAGAAAACAUGCACCCAGCGAAAAAGGGCCUUAUGGUAUUAGUGUGGAGGUGAUGGACACCUAUGUUAAAAGCUGUGCUGGAUAUUGUGUGAUCACUUACAUACUUGGAGUUGGAGACAGACAUUUGGAUAAUCUCUUACUGACAAAAACAGGGAAGUUGUUUCACAUAGACUUUGGAUAUAUUUUGGGUCGAGACCCUAAGCCUCUGCCACCUCCUAUGAAGUUGAGUAAAGAGAUGGUAGAAGGAAUGGGUGGAAUGCAGAGUGAACAGUACCAGGAGUUCCGCAAGCAGUGUUACACAGCGUUUCUGCACCUGAGAAGGUAUUCAAAUCUGAUUCUCAAUCUUUUCUCACUAAUGGUGGAUGCCAACAUCCCAGAUAUAGCUCUGGAACCUGACAAGACUGUGAAAAAGGUGCAAGAUAAAUUCCGUCUGGAUCUGUCUGAUGAAGAGGCUGUUCACUACAUGCAGAGUCUGAUAGAUGAAAGUGUAGGAGCCCUGUUUGCUGCAGUGGUAGAACAAAUACACAAGUUUGCUCAGUACUGGAGAAGAUAGACGUUUAUCUGCAGCAGCUGAGUGUGACUUGAUCUCUGGAGAUGGACCUCUUCUGUUGAAACAUUGAGGAUUACUGCAGGAAAGAGAGCGUAUUUUUUUUCAUGAAACCAUGGAACUGAGAGGAAAUGUUCUGCAGUAUAACUCGCACAGCAAGAUAGUUAAAUGUAUUCAGUGCUAAUUGUUGCAGUGGCCAAUAAUAAAGGAACUUGCCCAGUUGAUAUCCAAUACCUAAGGAAUGCUUUUCCAAGUGAUAAUUUUUUAAUAGUGGUUGCACCUUAGUAUGUUCAAAGCUUGCAAUGCUGUAUAUUGUAGCAAAAAAAUUGUAGCUCUGACUUGAAAUUCAAUGCCCAUAAAAUUACAAAAAAACUAUUUUUGUUUAGUAUCAACCUUGUGACAUGCUUGAAAUAUCUUGUAAACUAAAGACAAAACCACUAUUGUUAAAUGCCAUUGUUCAAUUUUAGUGUAAACUGUUUUUGCUAAAUAAAUUUGCAAUCUAAUCUCUGGAGCUAUAAGGAAUUUGGAGCCAAUUGUUUCAGAUUUACGAAAA